GAACUUUUGUGGUAAAUACAACAAAAAUUACAUACUGUUUAUUUAUUACUAGAUAUUUUUCUGACUCUAUCGUCGUUAUAUAAAUAAUGUUAAAGUUAUUGUGAAAAAUACCUCUGAACUCGUUGCUUCUUAUUGCCAAUCACUGAUAAUUAAUACACAAGACUGAUGCGGGUUUACAGUUAGCUCACCUCUUUUGCAGAAUUCGGUCAAUCCCCGUUAAUCUUAUCGAAAUUUAUAGCCAUACAAAGGUAUAAGUGAUGCAUAAAUUGAAAAUGUACAGUUGGUUUUAAAGCGCAAACAUGAGAGCUGUGAUGUACCAGUCGGUGCUCUUGUUAAUUUGUUUUUUAGUUAGUUUUUCAAUUGAGUGCACCAACUAUGGUUAUCCCUUCGAGAAUCAUCUCGCACAGAUGACUCCUUACAGGAUAGUGUCAAAUAAGAGUUUUGAUCGGAUAGAAUAUAGAGGUUGUACUCCAAAAAAGAUAUGGAUGAUCGUAAGACAUGGAACUAGGCAUCCAAAAUAUUCUGUGAUUGAGCAAAUGCUGGCUCGUUUACCUGAGAUUAGAAAACUUCUGGUGGAGAGUACAUCUUUACCAAAUGAUCAUGUAAAAAAUAGAGACCUCGAUCUUCUUCGUAAAUGGAAACUCACAUUGGACGUAGAUGACAAGAAUAAACUAACCCACGAAGGCGAGGAAGAAAUGCUGGUUUUAGCCGAAAGAAUGCAAAGCAGAUUCCCUGAAUUGUUCGACGAAGUCUACAGUAACACAUCAUACAAGUUUAAGUUCACUCAUUCACAAAGGACACUGAGAAGUGCCUAUUUUUUCGCAGCAGGCUUAUUUGGAAAAGCUACGGCCAAGGAUGUGUGGUUCCCAGCACCUUUGAGGAAGGAUCCAAUUUUGAGGUUUUAUAAAUUGUGUGACAGAUGGAAUGUUGAAGUCAAAAAGAAUCCUGCUGCCUUGAGAGAGGUAACCAUAUUUGAAAAUGGCCCAGAAAUGGCGAAGUUGGUGAAAGAGGUUAAUAAGAAUUUGGCACUCGAAGAUAACGAGGUAAAUAAAGAUGACGUUUUGUUGAUGUACCAAAUGUGUGCAUUUGAAACAGCAUGGAACAAAAAGAGAAAAUCACCUUGGUGUGCCCUGUUUACGCAAGAAAAUUUAAAGGUACUGGAAUACCUUAAAGAUUUGAAGUAUUACUGGCAAGAUGGCUAUGGACAUGAGCUAUCGUAUAAACAAGCUUGCCCUGCAUUUAGGGACAUGUCCAAUUUCCUUCAAACAAAAACUCGAUUCCCAAGAGUCAACGUGUACUUCACCCACUCUGGAACUUUGCUGAAGAUGAUAGCUCAUGUAGGAUUGUACAAAGAUGAGGAGCACCUAACGGCUAAAAAUUAUGAUACCGCACGUGAUAGGAAGUGGAAAACUGGACUUCUAGAUCCUUUUGGAACCAAUUUAGCCUUCGUAGCUUUUGAGUGUGGCAGAGAUACCAAAAUCCUCACAAUGCACCAGGAAAACAUUGUGAGACUACCAGCUUGCCCAAACACAGAUCUAUGCAGUUUAAAGACGGUCAGGGACCAUUAUUUCCAAAGUUUGACGAAAUGUGAUUUUAGUGAAAUGUGUCGUGUGAAAUCUAAAUUGUAGUACCUCUAAUUACUUUGAAUAAAAGUAAUCUUAAGACUAAUUUGUUAAUUAAGAAAUUGCUGGCUUGUAAAGUCACAUGUCACUAAAAAGUAUUAUUGUAUUUAGUUUGGAAGCUUAUUUAUGACCUUUUUGUUUUUGUUUUAUUUAAUGAUUUAUUAAAAUUUAAGUUAAGUGUUAA